AUGCUGAGCCGCCGCACCAUCCCUCGUCUGUUCCAGCAGGUACAUGACCUUGUUCCCAAGUUGGGGAGGUGCCUACUAGAAUUCAACUCGCACAAGCUCUUGAGACAUUUUGAUAUCCCGGUACCCAACGGCCAUGUGGUCAUAACUCCAGAAGAAGCAAAGGCAGUGGUGUCAAGCAUUAAUGCACCAUCAGUUUUGAAGGCCCAAGUCCUUGCCGGCGGCCGGGGCAAGGGCAAAUAUAACAGUGAUGGAAAAGGAGGAGUCCGCAUCGUCGAGUCACCAAACGAGGCAUUCGAAAGUGCCAAAAACAUGCUUGGGUAUUACCUAACAACAAAGCAAACGCCUGCUGAAGGACUGCUAGUAAAGAAGCUGUACAUCUACAAGGCAGUAGAUGUGGCACAGGAGUAUUACGUCGCAUUAACCUUCGACCGCGACCGCUCAAUGCCUGUACUCCUCAUAUCAGAUGAGGGGGGCGUCAACAUUGAGACCAAAGUAAACAAACUACAGAAAUAUUGGUUUCACAUGCCGCACGGCAUAGGUCCCGAAAUAACAGCAUAUAUCCAAGCCCAACUGGGAUUUUCUGAUCCGGAGAUGGCAACGAUGUCGCACAUUCUUCGCCAGAUGGUUGAGCUAUUCGAACAAAAAGAUGCUACUCUUCUCGAACUGAAUCCCCUUGCGCGAACCCCAGAGGGUGAUUUCAUUUGUCUAGACGCUAAGUUUACCUUUGAUAACUCGGCUAGUUUUCGCCAACACGGACUUUUCAGCCUUGAGGAGCGAUCCCCGGAAGAAGAAUUGGAGUACGAGGCUUCUAAAUUGGGGCUCUCUUACAUUCGGCUCGAUGGUAACAUCGGAAAUAUAGUCAAUGGCGCUGGUCUCGCUAUGGCAACUAAUGAUUUGAUUAGCCUGUACGGUGGGCGAUGUGGUAACUUUUUGGAUAAUGAUAAGCAGAUCACGGGCAUCUUUAUCAACAUAUAUGGUGGUAUUGUUCGAUGCGACAUGAUAGCCGAGGCUAUCCUCGCCGCAGCGUCUCAGAUGGGUGGAUUCAAGGUUCCAGUCGUCCUACGCUUGCAAGGAACAAAUUGCGACAAGGGGUUGAAAUUGAUCGAAAAUUCGAAAGCGGACAAUAUCAUGGUGGAGGCCGAUUUUGAGGGCGCUGCGCAGACAAUUGUUCGGCUGACGAAGGAGGAGGGUACUUGA